AUUACGUUAUUAACGUUUUGUGAGUUUUAGAUUAGAAAUAGUACCUAUAUAAAGAGUAUGUGCUUCAUUCGUGAAGUCCAGACGAUUGCAAUGGCAGCUAUCAGAAUUAGUAUUGCAGUUGGCCUAGUAAGUUUAACAUAAAUUUUUUGAUAGUAAAUUUUUACGGAGUUCUUAAGAUUCCAUUAUAUUCAUUGUCAGAUGGUAGUGCAAGUACGUUGUGUUUACAAGUGACCUGCAGUAUUAUUUAAAACAUGCAAAAAAAGCUGCUUUGCUUCAGUUAGAAUGAGUUUCAAGUGUCUAAUAAAUAGAAAAUGCAUACUGUUGUGUAAAAGGAUUAUAUAAAUCAAUGAAUUUUAUAAAGAUUCUAGGCUCGGCGAGCGAGGUAUAUAGCCAAGUUAAUUGCACCGCCACGGGAGCUGGCCGCUUCCCUGAUCCUGGUGAUACAACCUGCAAGCGGUACACCUUCUGCGUUAGAGACUCUGCCACCAGUACCUAUCAGUCAUACAACUACACCUGUCCAACUACGUCCUUAUUCAACCCAAACACAGGAGUAUGUACCACAAAUUACGUAUGCAAUACUACUACUACUACUACUUCUUCGGUGUGCACAACUGAUGGGUUCGUCGCCGACCCGAAUUCGACAGAUUGCACAAGCUACGUGCAGUGUGUUUCAGUCAAUGGUGUCUUCAUAGAGACUGUCCUCACUUGUCCGACCAAUACAUUCUACGAUCCGGACACAACUCUUUGCGAGUUGGGAUACAGUUGCCCAGGGCCUACAUUCUCCUGUACCGCUGCUGGCCGCUUCGCUAACACGGCUGACGAGACUUGCCAAUCGUAUUUCAUGUGCGUUUUAGUGACUGGCACGUACGUACAAUAUAAUUAUACCUGUCCAACUACAUCAUUGUUUAAUCCCAUAACUCGUUUGUGUACCAUUUCAUAUACUUGUACAUAACUUGUUUUAUGUGUCCUUAAAUCUGAUUUAAGGACCUAUUUAAUCUUUAGGGUGUAUAAAUAAGAACUUUAGAUAUAUAUUUUAAUAGAAAUGGCUAUGAGACCAUGAUAUGGAUAUAUGUAUUAAAAUUUAAAUAAACAUUAUCUGAAAUAAAGAUUUAUUUUUAAUUGGGAUAUAUUGACAAAAUUAAUUUAUUUUUAUCCUUAUGGAAUAAUUUUUCUUUCCGCUAUAAUGAGGCAAAAUCACUGAACACUUAGAUAAUAAGAUAGACAUCCAGCCCGCCCGCAAGCUGUUAUUGUUUUAUAACGUAGCUGAUAACGGAUAAUACUAGUAAAUAAUGAAGUAAUAUUUCGAUGUUUGUCUUUACGAUGUUAAUCUAAGGUUUGAAUGUGUACUUGUUGAUACACCAGCUUCUCUCCGCAAGGAUAAAUUCUGCUUCGGAUUAAUGUUUCAUACUUUGCACAUUAUUGGACAACCACUAUCUGUGAUAAUAAAUCAUUUAGGAUACCUAUAUAAUUUCAAGUUCAUUUUUCUUGGUAAUCUUCUUUCAGGCCUUUCUUGAUAAAAUGUUGUAUUUAAACCAGAUUUGCUCUGAACCUCUUGAAUUAGUACAGAAGCUAGUUUUCUCGCUAAUGAUAAAUUUUGAUUGAGUUUAAAUAAUGUGUCCUUUGUGUCUGGAAGGUUCGCGCUCAGCAAUUUAAAGGGUCGAUCGUCGAGUGUAGUUUUCUUCAUUGUAGCAUAAAAUUUUCUGAAGUAAUUAUCUCUCGCUUCAUUUAUUAAAGAAGCGGGAAUUUUAGGUUUCAUCUUGUCUCUUGUUCCACCACCUACAGUAACCGUACUUGUAUCAUGAUGUUCAGUAUUCGAAAAACUAGCUCUCUUAUCGUCCCCCGUGGAAAGAUUUUGCGAAUAUUUAGGAUAUUCUUUGAAGAAAUCUUUAAAGUUUUCAUAAUCGAAUUCAGGAAAGCUUGUCACUAAAUACGUAGAUUCGUUGACUCGACGCACUUGAUACGUUUUAACACUAAUGGAAAUUGGGAAUAAGCUAAUCAGAAUGAAUUUUAUUAACAAAAAAAUAUUUAAAGCGAUCAUUAAAAUGAUAUAAAAAUAAUGCUAGAGGUUAUAAUGACAGUCAUUUCAGUUGAAGAUUUUCAGAAGUGUCAAUAUUUAAAUCAUAAUGCAAAGAAGUAUACUUUCUAUAUUACUCUUGAAUGGAUUUUGAGAGACCGAGGGAGUGCAUGAUCUUAAAAAAUCUAGACACGGGGAAAUUUAUUUUAGCUAAAGAAAAAAUUAAAAGAAAAUAAUGAAUUUGGAUGAGGUAUUAAUAGGUUGGAUCAUAGAAAUUAUUCUCUAAGUGUUGGACCACGGCCAAGUUGUUUUUUUUUGGUGAUAAUUUUCUGUACAUUUAUUUUGUUGAAGUAAAAAGGUUUACAAUGUUUUCUUUUUAGACUGGCCAGCAUGAUAUGACAUAGGUUUGAAUUUUGAGUCUUUUGUCUUCAUGUGUCUCUUAUAAUGCCAGCAGAGGCUGAGAGAAAAAUAAUGUUAUUUCAGUUAUUUUAUUGUAAAUUUACUUUAUUGUGUUAACCAUUAAUAAAGUAUUGAUAUUCAUAAUGUGUGUAUCAGUUUACUACAUCUAGUGUGAUCGGAACGCAUCCGAAAAUCCGAUCAUAUUUGAUAUACCGUCCGAGCAAUUUUUUAAUAACAAGUCCAUGAUUUGAACCCAACAGAUCUGAAGUGCGUGACGACUUAAUGCAAGUAGGGUUUAAAUAAUCUGCUAGCACCAAAGCUCAAAGUAACUAGUUUCAACAUUGAAAAUGUUUUUCUUCCUUCCAGUAGGCCCCCAUUUUCGCUGAAAGUGCGAUUCGCCUGUGAUACCCCGA